AUGGCCUCCGCCGCGGAGACCUCUGAAUCUCUCCUCUCCAAGCUCGAAUCCGCCGAUUCUGCCGGGAUUCACCGCCUCAUCUCCGACUACCUAAACCCAUUCGCCGACCUUCACAACAAAAAGAAGAAGAAGACCUCCGCCGACCUCCAAACCCUACAACGCUCUCUCGCCAAAAAAUUCACCCCCUUCCUCAACCGCGCCCUAUCCAUCCUCCCCAAACGCCUCGCCGAUCCUUCAAACCUCGAUGCCGCUUUUGCCCCCGAAUUGUUCGAUAUUUACCGCCUCUGCCUCGACUCCAUGGCCGCCGUGUCGUCGCAAUUCUCCGGCAAGCCGUACAAGUUUCACAUCCACAGGAUCCGGUUCAUUUGUGCCCUCGAGGCCUGGGCCCGCCACCGGGAUGCGGAGUCCGAGGCGCUUAGGGUUUUGAAGAGCUUCAAGGCAAUUCAAUUAGGAACGGAGCCGGUGGAUUUGGACAGUCGGUUUGUGCCAGGUGUCAAGCAGGGCUGCGCCGAUAACGAGUUCGGGGCUCUGAUCGGAGAAGUGGUGUAUAUUCUAGCGAGGUGUGCUUCUGCAAUUCAAAGCAAGGAGGAGGAGGUAUAUGAGCGGCUGCUUUGUAUGGUUGAGGAGUUGGCUCCUUGGUUUAGGGUGCUAGAUGAAACUGCAAGUGACAAAGUACACAGACAGCUUGCCAUUUAUCUCGGGAGGUGUACUCUUUUUUUAGUCGAGACACUUUCAUCCUUUGGAGAAAAUCUCAUAUGCAAGUUCUGCUGCAUAACAGUGAGCGAGUAUGCAAAGUCGCCCAUCAAAGAUCAUAUGUUCAAGUGGGGACGUCGAAUAUGUUCAGCUUUAUUUUCAUUACAAGAGCCUGGUUCGUCACGGAUCAGUAACACAUUGUUAUGCUUGUUGGACUCCCUUGUUGAUGAAUGCAAGGCUGAGAUCGAAUUUCCAGGAAAAGAUUUUGCUGAACUUACUGCUUAUUGUGCCAAUAAGUGUUGUACUACAAGUACAAAUCUUUCUGGUAGUUUGAGAUCUCAUUUAGAAAAGUUAAUAACUCACUUUGAUCAGGUUCCACCUUUAAAUUUGAUUCUAAGGCUUUAUGCUACUGGUUUGCACUACGUUGAUUGUAGUUUAAAGUCCAAGGAUGAUGAUGUUACAUCUUCUGGGGGUGCAAUUAGAAUGUUGCUUGAUGAUGGCGGUAUAACGACUGAUUUGUCAGAUUGUCUUGAUUCUUUAGAAAGUUAUUUCCAAAUUGGUACAAAUGAUAUUUCCAAAAUGGGGUUUUCCACGAGGCACGUGCAGAAGAAUUUAAAGGAUUAUCUUCUGCCUUAUUAUAAUGCAUUGGAGUUCUUAUGCCACCCACUUGUUGACAUAGUUUAUUCGGGAAAGAAGCAGAUUUUUGCUGAUAAUGGAGCUGCCUUUGUUUCUAAUGGACUGUGGGUUAUCCAGGGUGCCUUUCAUCAGUUAUACGAUGUGUUCCUUUCUUUACAAACGUACAGAAUUACUUGUGAUAUAGAUAUAGAUGGAUUUAAGCAGAACAGCAUCCUUCGUGCUUCUGUGGCUGCUUGUAUACUUUCCACCAGAACGAAGCUUAACACACAGAGGAGUGCACAAAUACUAAACCAUGUCAUUACCAGCGAAUGGAUUCAACUUGAUGGUCUAAAGCAUAUAUAUGCCUCUCUCUACAGUACUGGGACACGUUUGUACAAAAACAAGGAGCUGACUGAGGCUUCAGAGGCUUUGAAGCUAUCCUGCAAGGCAUCUUGGGCUCGUGUUAUACGUCUUUGUGAACUAUUUGCAGGCAAAUUAAAGGUCUCCAUUGCUGAUCUUUCCAAAGAUACCAUUUUAGAUGUCUUGAAUGAGUCAUGUACAGUAAGCGCUUUUUUAUUGGAUAUUCUUAACCAAGUUGAUAAUCACGAGGUGAAAAGAGCUAUGGUAGAGUGCCUUGAAACUUGGUCUACUGCAGUAAAUUUGUUUGGGAAGCUGCCAGGUCCAAUGUCUGUGGUGAAGCAGUGGGUUAAGAUGGAAUGUAAGUGCUGUAACAAUGUGCACAUUGAGGAUAGCUGUCCAACCUUAUACAGUCUGCUGUCAUCUUCUAAGAAUUUAUCAAAGAAGACGACUGAGAUAAUCUUGGAGCAGGGACUUCUUGCUUAUGAGCAAAUGUAUGCUGUGAACCCUGAGUUUUGUCAGAAGAUGCAAAUGCAAAUUAUAAACAUACUACUGCAAGAUGUGUAUGUCACUCCAGAUAGUUGGUUGCAAAAAGCAAAAAUAUUAGUGAGAAAGGGAAGAUGGUUAAAACUCUAUGGAAUCAAUGGUCUAAAGGACUGUAUCUGUUGUUUAACAGAAGCAAUAACUUUACUUGUAAGCAAUCAGAGUAAGACGUAUGGUAACACCAGUAUCCAUGAAACAUCUCCUCGACAUGAAUUAGCUGUGGCAUAUUGCUUACGAGCGCUUUGUACCCAGGAGGAUGAACCGCAAUCAGAGAAAAUGUUUCAAGAUAUCCGUGCUGCCCUUGAUGCAUGGUUGGGAAUUUCUACUAUAGACAUGUGCUCUCCAGACGACAAAUGCUUCAUGGUGUCUGAAAGUACGAUGACACUCCUAUAUAAUAUUUUUGAUUUGUUAUCUAUCAAGGGUCACAUGGAUUAUUAUCAUGAUAUAUAUAGGAUUUUGAUUAGAUUAUAUAACUGGAAAAAUAUCCCGUUAGAGAAGUGCUUGGUCAGAUUGUGGGAGUGCAGGAGAGUUAGUCAUGCCCUUUGUAGUUCGCCUGUUAAUGAUACACUCGUCAUGAACUUAUCAGAUCAUUUUGGUGAACUUCCAAAAUCUAUUGAGUUUUGGGUAGAUUCUCUUAAAGGAUCCCGACAAUUGGUAAUAGGGUUCCAACAUAAUUUCUCAUUUCUAUUUGCAAAUGUACCUGGGAGACCAUGCAUUCCUAAAAACUUGUUCCGAUGUGAAAUCACAGUUGAUGAAGUAAAAGAAGCUGCUCUUGAACUUAUUUCAAGUGUUCCUGUUUCGAGUCAGUCGUCUUAUGUAACUGCAUAUCUCUACUAUGAUUUAUGUGAAAGACUAGUUUCAAACGGCCAGUUAGUUGAGGCUCUGUCAUAUGCAAUGGAAGCUCACCAGUUGCGCCGUGAACUGUUCCAAAAGAAGUUUGCAUACUGUUUUGUACAAAAGACUGAAAAGUACAAUGAAACUGGGGAUACCUAUCAGAAGUUUACACUGAAUGAUCAUAAUCUGGUAUUGCAAAGAUCAGUUUCCCGUGAAGUUUGGUCCUUUGACACUAGUUCAUGUAACUUGGAAAAGUGUUAUCUUAGUCCUUAUAAUGUACUUCAAUGUUAUCUUGAAAGCACUCUUCAGGUAGGGGUUAUCCAUGAAAUAAUUGGUAAUGGAGCUGAGGCUGAGGUACAUUUACAGUGGGGAAAGACUAUUUCCUGCUCACAAAGCUUGCCACUAUUUACAGUUGCAUUUUGUUCGGUCUUGGGAAAACUGUAUCUUAAGAAGCAGCUUUGGGAUUUGGCAGAAAAGGAACUGCAAAGUGCCAAGCAAUAUUUGGAUGCUAGUGAAAAAGAUAUUUCUUGCUUAAAGUGCAGAUUGAUGCAAGAAGCAACUGUUGAGCUGAAUCUUGCUGAUUUAUACCAAAGGAAAUUGUAUAGUUCAAGGAGUGCAUCUUUAGAGAAACCAUCUUGUGCUGAAAGUUUGUACAAUUCAGCACUUACCAAGCUAAACCUUCCUGAGUGGAAAAACUCUGUUAGUUGCCCCGGACUAACUGUACUUAAAGAAGUUGGAAAUUCUGGUGGCAGUACUUCUAGUCAUUUUGCAGAAACCAAGGUGGAACCAAAAGGCAAGAUAGAAGCUAAAAAGUCUAGGACUAAGAAUGCCCGAAAACCAGUGGGGAGGGAUCAAGUUUCAGUUCCUUACAAUUUGAGGUCCACUCAGUCUAGAUCCCAAUCUUGUCAUAACCAAAGUGUAAGAGGUACUGGUGUCCAAGUUGGUGAUUCAAAAAAUUCGAAACGAAGCACUGAGUGUGAUUCUUCUGAUAAUUUAAGUAACAGAGACUUUCUUUUGGAUUUGGAAUGUUGUGAGGUUUCAUAUGGGUGUGACCAAACAUGCAUUUGCCACAAAACGAGGUGUUGGCAAUGUCUUCCCAUGGAAGUUAUGGAAUCUGGGCUACUGAAAAACUUUGUAGAUUUGAAAUGGGAGUAUGUCCGCAGGCGUCUCUCUCUCAGGCUUCUGACAGGAUUAGGAAAUUGUUUGGAGCAUCAAGGUCAAAUUCAUGAAGCAAAUGAAUUUAUCCUGCAAAGCGUAUCAGUUUUAGUCAGCAGGAACCCAUUUUCUAUGACUACCUCAUCUGUUCCGCCAACUUGCUUGCUUGAUCUAAUGGCAAAGGAAAUCCCUGGGGAUGUGCUUAGUGUUGAGCGUGCGGAGAUACUGUACAGCAUAUGUUGGCUGUCUUUAAAGAUUCGUUCCAAGAAUAAGAGGGUUCUUUUUUCUGAUCUGCCUCAUAUCCAUCUACCAAAACUAGUGUCAUGGUUGAUGUUAGCUUUUGUGCUCUGCCGUGAGGUUCCUGUACUUUUUCAGAAGGUUUCUAGAUUGCUUGCGGCUAUAUUUUUACUUUCUGCCUCGAGUGAAACUUUUUCUCUGUCAUCUUCUUGCAAAAAUCUCCACGAAAAUCAUUGGGCUUCUUAUUUCCAUCAAGCUUCAAUUGGCGCGCAUCUCAAUUACCAUUUUUUUACGAAAAUAUCUGAGAGGUGUAAACUCCAACACCCUGUAAACAGUGAGUUAUCCCCCAAGAGUAAUGCAGCUGCGUUUGAUGUCCUAUUCGGAUUGUCACUAUUAGAAAUCAAGCCAAGUGUUACUUUGGGGGCACAUGUUGCUGGCUCAUGCUUGGUACCAGAAAAACAGAAUUUACAUAGGGUCGCUCCUGAGUCAACUCAAUACCUUGAAGAAUUUGUGACAGAAUUCUUUUCAGGCCUUCCAUGCACCACAAUCAUCUGUAUAAGUGUGCUUGGAGGCCCUUAUGCUAGUUUGUUACAAGAAUUGUUGUGUUUUCCAUCACUUGUGCAUGCAUGGAUUGUGGUUUCACGCUUGAACUCUAAGAAUCAACCUAUCAGUGUGCUUCUGCCAGUGGAUUCAGUAUUAGAAGGAGAUUCAGAUGAUGAUAGUUUUUCUGGAAUAAAGAAUUGGCACUGUCCAUGGGGUUCCACUGUGGUUGAUGAUGUAGCUCCGGAGUUUAGAUUGAUAUUGGAGGGGACUUAUUCAUCAUCUGUGAAACAUCCUGUACAAGAUACAAAUGAGAAAAAGCUUUACUGGUGGGUGCAGAGGAAGAAUUUUGAUCGCCGCCUUGGUGAAUUUUUGAAGAAUUUGGAAGAUUCAUGGUUUGGUGCUUGGAAACUUAUGCUACUGGGUGAAUGGUCAGACCGUGAGCAGUUGGACUCGGUACUUGAGGAUCUAGUGUGCAGUUUGAAAUCCAAAUGCAAAAUGGAGAUAGAUGAAAGUGUUUUGAAAGUCAUCCUUGGGGGUUCCAAAUAUGACUUUGAAGGAGGUCCAUUUGUUACACAGCUUUGUCGUAAGAAAGGUUCCUACAUUAAUAAAUUUGGAUGUUUAGAGGAAGAAAAGUGUAUGGCAUCAUGUAAUGAUUCUAGUGGUGGUGAUAACUUGUCUGAGUCAGCCUACAAACUAGUAUCAGAAGCAGUGAAUGAGCUUAAAGGUUUACAUUCUUGUGUGAAUAUAGAGCCAACAAUAUUAGUUCUGGACUACGAGGUGCAGAUGCUUCCUUGGGAGAACUUACCAGUCCUUAGAAACCAGGAGGUGUAUCGCAUGCCCUCUGUUGGGAGCAUUUUGGCAACAGCCAAUAGAAACUACCAGAAUCAAGAUCAAGUUCAGAGUAUAGCGACUUUAUUUCCUUUGAUUGAUCCCUUGGAUGCCUUUUAUCUUCUGAAUCCCAGUGGUGAUCUAAAUUAUACACAAAAUGAAUUUGAGACAUGGUUCAGAGAUCAAAACUUGGAGGGGAAGGCUGGAUCUGCACCUCCUGCUGAAGAAUUGGCAGUAGCGUUGAGCAGCCAUGAUUUAUUUUUGUAUUUUGGCCAUGGAUGUGGGAAACAAUAUAUUCCUAGACAUGAGAUUCAGAAACUGGAACACUGUGCCGCAACUCUCCUAAUGGGAUGUAGUAGUGGUUCUCUGAAACUGAAUGGAUGUUAUGUUCCACAAGGUACUCCACUAUCCUAUUUGCUAGCCGGUUCUCCUGUCAUUGUCGCCAAUUUGUGGGAUGUGACGGACAGGGAUAUUGACCGAUUUGCAAAGUCCAUGCUUGAUUCAUGGUUGAAAGCAAGGUCGAGUCCCUGUGUGGGUUGUGUCCAGAAAUCGGACAAAAACCUGUCUUGUGAGCAUAGGCCGACGGUUGGAUCAUUCAUGAGUGAAGCACGUAAAACUUGCCAGUUACCUUUCUUGAUCGGAGCAGCACCUGUAUGCUAUGGUGUCCCAACUGGCAUAUGGAAAAAAGAGUUGUAG